UCUCUGAACAGAAAAGGUCUCGCAAUCACCAAAAUGUUGCCGAAAGCAAAAGAUUCAGAGUGAGGACUAGAAGAAGAUGAGGAAUGCAGCAUGAAUGCAGUUGGACACAACUUGAACCAUCAUGGCUCAAUGCUCUGGAAUCCUGGGAGUUAUAGUUUUACAAGUUGGCUGCCACUGCAAGAUCUCCCGCUGCAACUCAGCCUACCUGGCCGCCACAGAGAAUAUACAGGGUCCCAAGCGGAAUGCUUCUCUAUGUGAAGCUCUACGUUCCUACUCGGUCUGCACCCGGAGGACAGCCCGCACCUGCCGUGGCAACCUCGCCUACCACUCAGCCGUCUAUGGCAUUGAAGACCUCAUGAUUCAGAACAACUGCUCCAAGGAAGGUCCCACUUCGCCACCACGGCCCAUCCCACCGGGACCCAACCAGCCAGGCUUUGCCUCCCCAGACAUCUGCGACUACGAGAAGAGCUUUGCCCGUUUGCACGGGGAGACCCCAGCCUACCGGUAUUGUGCUACCUUUGGAGACCCCCACGUCCGGACCUUCAGUGAUGAAUUCCACACCUGCCGAGUGGAAGGCUCUUGGCCCCUCCUGGACAACCAUUAUCUCUUCGUCCAGGCAACCAGUUCUCCCAUUGUGGAAGGAUCGAAUGCCACUGGCAUUAGCCAGCUCACCAUCAUAUUUAAGAACAUGAAAGAGUGUGUGGAUGAGAAGAUCUACCAGGCUGAAGCAGGAGACCUUCCAGCCGCUUUCAUCGAUGGCUCUAUCAAUGGAGGGGAGAGGCCCGGAGGGAGCAGCUUGACCCUCCACGAACGCACGUCUGGGCGGCAUGUGGAGAUCCAUGCGGCGUACAUUGGCACCAUCAUCGCUGUGCGCCAGGUAGCCAGGCACCUCUCCUUCUCCAUCCGAGCAGCUGAGCAGGUGGCCCUCUCUUUCACAGAUGAACAAGACUUGCAGCUCUGCGUUUUCGGGUGCCCUUCGAACCAGCGUGUCUCCCGGAGCUCCUGCUGUCCUCAAAAGGGCGACAUGACCCGAGAGGUGGCCCGCCGGCUCUGCGAAGAGAAGCUGGAAGUAGUAGAUGAUGUCUACUUCCAGUCGUGUGUCUUUGAUGUGAUGGUGUCCGGUGAUGCCAACUUGACUCAGGCAGCAUACAGCGCAUUGGAAGAUGCUAAAGCCUUCCAUCCAGAUCCCACGAAUAUCCACAUUUUCCAAACGGAUAAAGCCUUGCGUUCGUGCAGCUUGUCCUUUCUUUCCUUGCUAGUUGUUUUGGUGCUUGAACUGGGCCUUUAAAACUUUUAUGAGUCAAUGUGGCCAGUAAAUGUGGCUGGUUUUUCCAAAAGUGAUGAAACUCAGGAUCUUCUGUUGUUGUUGUUGUUGUUGUUGUUGUUGUUUUUACUAGGGCUACACUGCAAAAUUAUUGCUCAUUUGCACCUACCCAAAUUGUUUGAUGUUCUCUGAAUUCUACUGUCAACAUUCCUUGAUGGUUAUUUUGGAAGCAAUGCUAAAAACUCGCAGGAAAAGUAGAUUUUAGGAAAUCAGUUUCUCACCAACCAGUUUCACACCAGUACAUACAGAGCUUUAUCAUUGGUCAUGCAAACUACCCAUAGACUCAUAGAAUAAUAGAAUUUCAGGAUAGAGAAUCUCUCAACCUACUAUUUCAAAGGGUUGCUGUAGGUUUUUUUUGGGCUAUAUGGCCAUGUUCUAAAAGUAGGUUUGAGAGGCAGUGUGGGAUCCUGGUUUGAGACUGCACUACAACUCUCAAGACCAAGGUUCAAAUGUAUUGUCGAAGGCUUUCAUGGCUGGAAUCACUGGGUUGUUGUAGGUUUUUUCGGGCUAUAUGGCCAUGUUCUAGAGGCAUUCUCUCCUGACGUUU